UCUCCGCGCCGGGGCCGGCCGCGCCAUGGCGGAGGUGAAGGUGAAGCCGGAGGUGCCGGAUCCCAUGGACAUCGAGAGCAGGAUCCUUGAGCUGUGCCACCAGUUCCCCCAUGGCAUCACGGACCAGGUGAUCCAGAAUGACAUGCCUCACAUGGAAGCCCAGCAGAGAGCUGUGGCCAUCAACAGGCUGCUCUCCAUGGGGCAGCUGGACCUUCUGAGGAGCAGUGCAGGUCUCCUGUACAGGAUCAAAGAUUCCCAAAAUGCAAGUAAAAUGAAAGGUUCUGACAAUCAAGAGAAGCUGGUUUAUCAAAUCAUAGAGGAUGCAGGCAACAAAGGUAUUUGGAGCAGGGACAUUAGGUACAAAAGCAAUCUGCCUUUAACAGAGAUCAACAAGAUACUGAAAAACUUGGAAAGCAAGAAAUUAAUUAAAGCAGUUAAAUCUGUGGCAGCAUCCAAGAAGAAGGUCUACAUGCUGUACAACCUGCAGCCCGACCGCUCCGUCACUGGAGGGGCCUGGUACAGUGACCAGGAUUUUGAGUCUGAGUUUGUGGAGGUGUUAAAUCAACAGUGCUUUAAGUUUCUGCAGAGCAAGGCAGAGGCAGCUCGAGACAGCAAGCAGAAUCCCAUGAUACAGAGGAACAGCUCAUUUGCCUCAUCCCACGAGGUGUGGAAAUACAUCUGUGAGCUGGGCAUCAGUAAGGUAGAGUUGUCCAUGGAAGACAUUGAGACCAUUCUGAACACUCUGAUCUAUGAUGGCAAAGUGGAGAUGACCAUCAUUGCUGCCAAGGAGGGGACAGUGGGCAGCGUGGAUGGGCAGAUGAGGCUGUACAGAGCUGUCAGUCCUCUCAUCCAGCCCACUGGAUUGGUCAGGACACCCUGUGGACUCUGCCCUGUUUUUGAUGAUUGUCAUGAAGGUGGUGAGAUUUCUCCAUCAAACUGCAUUUAUAUGACAGAAUGGUUGGAGUUUUAAAGUGAAAGGAAACUGUAAACUGGAUUCAUCCUUCACAGCCAAAGUGACAAAGCACGUUGCUUUUUUUAAAAGCGGACUUGUAAAUUUGUAAGCAACUUCAGGACAUGGAGUGACAAAGCAGCCAUGUGGCAGUUGUGUGAGCUCUCCUGGGAGUGGACUGGAAGUGGAAUCAGUGCUGAAGAUCAAGGCUGAAGUGGAAAUGUAGAUCCGUUCUUCAGUCAAAACUGGAGAUGGCAAUGAAGGUGGUUAAUAAAACAGAUUUCUAAGCAACAGUUCAAAAUAAAGUUCAAACAAGGCUGAGA